CUCACCAUGUCUCCGUGGUUUGGACAUCUUUGAGUGUGUGUGUGUAUGUGUGUGUUGUCUGCAUGCAUCAUACAGAUGCAGCGUCGAAAACUGCAUUUUCAUUUGUCAUUAUCAGCGAUUUAGACAUAGUGGUGUAGAGUAUAAUUUCAUAUCUGAAGUACCCAGAGGAGCAUAAAAUCAACCUCUGCCGCAUCCAAAAACAGAUUUGCACAUCAAUUUGAUUGUAUUGUGUGUUGUCUAUUGUAUAUCUAGUGUAAUAUGAACUUAAUGCGUUUAUGUUUUUGUGUGUAUGUCUCAGAGGGUGAACAGAGAGAGAAGACUCUGUCUCAUCACACUAUCCAGCAGUUGAUCCUGGAGAAGGACCAGGCUUUGGCUGAUCUCAACUCCGUGGAGAAAUCUCUCGCUGACUUGUUCCGUCGCUAUGAAAAGAUGAAAGAUGUUUUGGAAGGCUUUCGGAAGAAUGAGGAUGUGCUGAAGAAAUGUGCGCAGGAGUACCUGUCUCGUGUCCGUAAGGAGGAGCAGCGCUACCAG